UGCACUGAGACCCUGACCCCGUUACACGUCAAAAGUUGUUUUUCUUUAAUGACAGGUACACUUUAAGAAAGGUCACAUGUGUUCAUUCAGUGUUAGUAGGAUAAAGCUACGCACAUGGGCAGGGCUACACCAGUUUUACGGGCGAGACACAUCAGCUGCUCUUGUGUUUACAAGGGUUAAAUAUUCUCCAAGAGUUGAAAGCUCACGGUUACUGGCGGAGUCGGAGGAGACAAGUCCAACAAGAUCACUGGAAUCCAAUCUGCAGGUGCCAUAGGAAGAAGAAGUGCGCCAUGGACCUUGUCACUUUUCUCCUGGCUGUUGCGGUUAUCCUCUUCUUGGCCACAGUGUUUAACAAAAAUCACAAACAAGCCCGUUACAGUAAUUUCCCUCCAGGACCGAGACCUCUACCGAUCAUUGGAAAUGCGCUGACCAUGGACCUGGCAACGCCUCAUAAAACAUUUUUGGAGUUGUCUAAGAAGUAUGGCACAGUCUUCAGUAUACAGAUGGGAUUUGAUAAAAUAGUCAUCCUGUGUGGUUAUGAAACUAUUAAAGACGCUCUAGUCAAUCAUGCGGAGGAAUUCUCUGACCGGCCGCACAUAGAACUGUUUUCCAAAACUACGAAGGAUCAUGGUCUUAUAUUUGCUAAUGGAGAAAACUGGAAGGCAAUGAGAAGAUUUACUCUUUCAACCCUGAGAGAUUAUGGAAUGGGGAAGAAAGGUAUCGAACACAAGAUCAUGGAUGAAGCUAGUUGUUUAGUCCAAGCAUUUAAAGAACAUAAAGGAAAUCCCUUUGAUAACCUGCAAGUCAUCAAUACUGCGGUGGCCAAUAUAAUCGUGUCCACGGUGAUUGGCGUCCGAUUCGACUAUGAAGAUCCCACCAUCGUGAAGCUUGUCGGUCUAAUCAAUGAGAACGUCAGACUGAUGGGAAGUCGCUUGGUCAGGCUUUACAACAGUUAUCCUUACCUGGUCCACUGGAUGCCAGGUCCCCACAAAAAAGUUUUCGUUAACAUGAAGGAGAUGCAUGACUUUAUAAGAGAAACGUUUACAAGGCAAAAGAAAGAGUUGGACAUCAACGACCAGAGGAACCUGGUUGACGCCUACCUUGCUAAGCAACAAGAGGGAAAACCAGAAUCUACUUUGUAUUUCCACGAUGAGAAUCUGGUCGCACUUGUGGAAAAUCUCUUCACUGCUGGAAUGGAGACCACAUCAACCACCCUGAGAUGGGGGCUUCUACUCAUGAUAAAAUAUCCAGAGAUUCAAAAAAAAGUUCAUAAUGAAAUUGAAACAGUGAUUGGAUCGGCCCAACCUCAGAUAGAGCAUAGGAAACAAAUGCCUUAUACAGAUGCUGUUAUACAUGAAAUUCAGAGAUUUGGAGAUAUUAUUCCAAAUAAUGCUCCACAUUUAACGUCUCAGGAUGUUACCUUCAGGGGUUACUUUAUUCCAAAGGGCACUGCUAUCAUCCCACUACUGCACUCUGUGCUCAGAGAUGAAACUUACUUUGAGAAACCCAAUGAGUUUUACCCUGAACACUUUCUUGACUCAGAAGGAAAACUGAAGAAGAUUGAGUCCUUCAUACCAUUCUCUAUAGGUAAGAGAAGUUGUGCAGGUGAGACUUUGGCCAAAAUGGAGCUGUUCCUCUUCUUCACCACCCUGCUCCAGAACUUCACAUUCCUGGCCCAGCCUGGUGCUAUACUGGACCUGAGUCCUGCAAUGUCCUCAACCAAUGGUCCCAAACCUUACGAAAUCUGUGCUAUGCCCUGCAGCUAGGAGAUGGGUUAGUCACGUCUAACCUGCGAUGUAUAAUAUAAGAGAUGUAUAAUGUAAGAUAAUUUCUGCUUGUAAGGGGGAAAAAGUCCUGCUGUUAAUAUUUUUCCAUAAAAACUGUAAAUCCAGAGAGCAUGAGGAUAUGCAAAGUUCAUAUGGGACGAAAAACUGAGGGCAUCCUAAAAGUGAGCAGAGAACUCACAUCC